AUGACGUCACCAAACACUGAUAUAGAAAACUGCUCUACACCAGAUAUACACGUCCAAUCAGAUGAAAGGACAUUUCAGGCAGUUCAUAGUGUUACUAAACUAGUAGAUGAAGGUGUUAAAAAGCCAGUUGUCAAUUUCCAACCCGAUUCCAGUUUGUCGAACGCCCACUCAGGCGACAAAGAAGAUAUACAGCCUGACUCUCGUCCAAAUAUUGUUUUUGUUCUCGCUGAUGAUCUUGGAUGGCAUGAUGUUGGUUACCAUGACAGCGUCAUCAAAACACCUAACAUUGACCAGCUCGCAGCAGAAGGCGUUAAACUGGAGAACUACUACGUUUCAUCCUGGUGUGCGCCCUCUAGAGUUAAUUUAAUGACAGGGAGAUAUAGGAUUCGCACUGGUCUCUAUGGUGAUGUAUGUGACUUCAUGGGUAUACACGAGACAACGUUAGCUGAUAAGCUCUACGAAGCUGGUUACUAUACAGCUAUGGUUGGGAAAUGGCACCUCAGUGGAUUUGAACACGCAGAAUGUUAUCCAACACAUCGCGGUUUUCAGACAUUUCUUGGUUACCAUGGGGGUAGUCAAAACUACUUUACACAUCGCAGAGGCGGUCCACAUGCCCCUUAUGACUUUUGGGCAAAUGAUACCUCAAUUGCUGUCAAAUAUGAAGGACAAUACAGCACGAUGAUAUUCGCAGACGAAGCGCAAAGAAUAAUACGACAACACAAUACAAAGCAGCCAUUAUUUCUUUACCUGUCAUUCCAAGCUGUACACGUGCCACUUUUGGUACCGCCAUCUUACGAAGACCAAUAUAGGUCUUUAAUCGAGGAUGACAAAAGGCGCGUAUACGCCGCAAUGGCGUCAUGCAUGGACGAGGCUAUCGGAAAUGUCACCGCUACGUUGAAAGAAAAAGGUCUUUGGAAUAACACUGUGUUUAUUUUCUCAUCAGCCAGACUGAACUUCAAACAUGAUUUCUGUUUAGACAAUGGCGCCACCCCGACAGACGGUGGAAGCAACUGGCCACUACGUGGACGCAAAGGGUUAUGGUACGAGGGAGGAAUACGAGCUGUUGGAUUUGUGAACAGUCAUCUUCUGUCCGAUCACGUGACGGGAACAACCAAUCACGAGUUGAUUCACGUUACAGAUUGGUUCCCCACACUGUUACGCCUGGCGAAGGCCGAUUUGCAUGGAUUAAAACCAUUGGAUGGAAUUGACCAAUGGGAAACGAUAAGUCGGGGAAAUGUGACGAAUCGCAAAGAAGUAUUGCUGAAUUUCAUACCUGGUGAUACUAACGGAGUCGUGAACGAAAACCACGAGGGUGAGGCAACGGCGGACUAUUUUGAUACGAUGCCGUUUUCCGCGAUUCGUGUCGGUGACUGGAAACUACUAACAGGGAAUUCAGUUAUUGAAGGAAAUUGGGUAAAACCAGUUGAGUUAGGAUUGCGUUUUAUAAGACCAAAGAAGCACGGUCGCGUUGAGUUGUACAACAUAAAAGAAGACCCAAAGGAGAGAAAAAAUCAAGCAAACAAGAACAAAGAAAAAUUACACGAACUUUUACGAAAACUGAAGCACUAUAGCGAACAGAUAAACACUGACGUUAGAAUGGCAUGA